AUGGCCACAGAGCACAGCCCACACCCAGCUUCUGGCCCCCAGAAGCCCCCUGAAGGGAUUACAUCUUCUGAGAGGGCUGCUGAGGGCUCUGACUUGACCAGGAGGAGGAGCAAGAAGGAGAGGCGGCUCCGAGGGUCUCUGAAGGGCAAUUCUGGGGAGCAAUCCCCAGGUCAGGGCUCUGAGGCCCCAGGAAGCAGCAAGAACUCCCCAAGAACUGGAGAUAGACAGAAUGGACCACCCUCAGCAUCCACUGGGCCAGCCUCUCGUCGACAGUCCCACGGGCAUCAUUCUGACCCCCAGCAGGACGCUGCCCAAAGGACUUAUGGACUCCUGCUCAGUCGCAUGUUUGGGAAGGACCAUGAACUGGGCCCUGAGGGGCUGGAGGAGCUUCAGGCUGCCUUUGAAGAGUUUGACACUGACCAGGAUGGCUAUAUUGGCUACAGGGAGCUGGGGGACUGCAUGAGGACGCUGGGCUGUAUGCCCACUGAGAUGGAGCUCCUAGAGAUUUCACAGCACGUGAAGAUGCGCAUGGGUGGCUUUGUGGAUUUUGAAGAGUUCGUAGAACUAAUAAGCCCCAAGCUGAGGGAGGAGACUGCACACAUGCUGGGUGUAAGAGAGCUGUGCAUUGCCUUCCAAGAGUUUGACAGGGACAGAGAUGGACGAAUCACAGUGGCAGAGCUGUGGCAGGUAGCACCAGCUCUGUUCGCAGAACCACUGGAGGGCACUGAACUGGAUGAGAUGCUCUGA